AUGCAGUCGCUCGACCGCUACCUGGGGAUUGCGCUCAGCGGCAGCUACUUGUCGUACUGCCUCAUCGUGAAGGAUGUGUUGCGCAAGGCGGGAUCCAUUUCGCUGCGUUGCUCGUCAUUGCAGCAUCCCAGCAGGAUCGCCGAGGCGUUCAAGAUGCUCCGCGGCAGCAUGAGCCCGGCAGAAACGCCUGGCAGCACAUCACCUGCGUGUUUCGUGGGGAUGCGCGGUGAUAACGUCACUCCGCGCUCCGACUUGGCUGCCCGCCGGGCCUACAACCGCUGUCGAGUCCGUACCAUCGUCGAGUGCCAGUCGGACGCUAUAUUUGGAAACAAGCCCGUAAUAUUCAAAGAGCGCGAGCUUUACAGCACGAUAGGUAGGCUUUCCCGGAUAAUGCAUGCACAUCUGAUGGCAGGCCGCAUCACCAACGAGAAAAUCAUGGGCACCAGCUGCCUCGUCACGUGCGCCAGGAAACGGUUCACGAGCCUGUUGUCCGUGGACGCCGCGCAGUUCAGCGGUAUCGCAGUGGCGUGGGCCACAGCCGUGUGCCUAAAGCGCCGCAUGGAGAUAGAGUCCAUGAAACUAGACGAGAGCUUCAUGCAGUCCGUCGAGUCACGCGUGAGGCGCGACCGCAUAGUGGUCGAGCUGGCCGAGAUGCUGGAGAAGAACAAAGACGCCGCCGCUGCGGCCGACCUCCAGGAGGCGCUCCGGAGCCGCAUAAGUUCACUAGUAGACAAGCAUUUGGACAAAUUAGUGUAA